UCAGCAGCGGCGGCGCUGACUCAGCACUCCGUGCCCAUAAAGCCGCGCCCGGCCCAGCCCGGCUCUGUGUCACCGUCCCGCCGCCAGGCACGGUCCCCGGGAGCCAUGGAGCUGCCGUGGCUGGGCGAGCACUGCUCCGAGCGCACCUGCAAACAGCUGGAUUUCCUUCCUCUGAAAUGUGACGCGUGUGGGGAAGUCUUCUGUAAAGAUCACAUCCGUUACGAUGACCACAAGUGCAGCUCUGCCUACAAGAAAAAUGUGCAGGUGCCCGUGUGUCCCCUCUGUAACACACCUAUCCCAGUGCAGAAGGGACAAAUCCCAGAUAUUGUGGUUGGAGCCCACAUAGAUAAGGACUGCAAAUACAACCCAGCACAGCAAAAGCAGAAGAUCUUCACAAACAAAUGCACAAAGCCAGGCUGCAAAAAGAAAGAGAUGAUGAAGGUGGUUUGUGAACAGUGUGGUGGCAGCUUCUGCAUAAAGCAUCGGCAUCCUCUCGAUCACGACUGCAGAGGGAGCAGCCAGCCCAUCUCCAAGGCAGGAUAUGCAGCUCUGAUGAGAGCAUCUCAUCCCACCUUCAAGUCCCCGGGAGCAGUUGGAGUGCCAUCUAAUGGGAAUCGUCAGCACAACAGGUAUCAGGGAAAAAGACAAACUAAAACCAGGCUGGUGUCCACACGGUGUGGCAGUGCCACUGUCACUCCUCUAACUGCUGUCGAGCUGGUGGCUGGCCUGUAAAUGCUGUUGGGAGUGCAGCGUUGGCUCUGAGAGCACAGCUAAAUCCCUGCUCCUGUAUAAUGGAGUGACUGAAGUGGCCUCAUAGACACCGGCAUUAGGACAUCAAAAUGUAUCUGCAAUCAAAUUGUAUCUGCAGGCUGGUCUCCCACCUGCUCAGUGAGAGGUUUGGCCAAGUUCUGGGGAAAUGGUGUGUCAUCAGAGAGAGGAAAGCACAGCAAGCACCUGAAUUAAAUAAAUGGCCCAAGCCCUUCCCUGGCAUCUUGUAGCUCUGAAAGCUCCAGUUGUGCAACCCUUACAGUGCAUUCUUAUGUCUUACAGGUGCAGAUAGUAGAGGCUCUUCACAUCUGGAUCAAACCUUUAAAAUGAAGUUGAUAUUUUAUCUCUCUUUAAUUUUCUAGGCAAUUAACUUAUUUUUGUGUCUUAAUUUUGUAUGCAUUCAAUAAACUGUUACCCUUUCCAAGCCAAUGUUAUUUGUUCCUCUAUUUUAAAUAAGAACUUUAAUAUUAGGAAAAAUAUUUGAUGUAGGAAGUGAGAUGAUGGUGGUAGGUAGAGGAUUACACUUGGUUUGAAUGAAUGAAAUACAGGUAGAUUUGCUUAGGUCAUGCCAAGCCUGAACUAGGAAUCUCCCAAAUGAAAAUGUGAAAUACAAGCUACUGUCAUAUGUCUCAAUCCUUUUGGAAGUGUUCUGGCUCUGCAUGACCAACAACAUCAACACGAAAUUUCCUCUUGGUUUCUGAAUGUCAGGGGAAGACCUUUAUUUAUAAGGCAAACCCAUCUUUUUUACAGGUGCUUUUUCAGGUCCUGUCUGAAGGCUGGUGCUCACACAGGCACGUGCAGUACAAUUCUUCAUCAUUUAUUGUCCCUUAGGCAGAAAUCUAGAUUUGCAGGAAUAUAAUUUGUGGUUUCAGGGAUAAAUGGAAGCCAGAGAGAGUAGCAUUAACUGUAUCUUGUGUAAUAAGGCCGAAAUACAGCUUUGUUUAGGGAGGCUGCUCCUGCUGUCUUCCUGAAAAGCUUAAACAAGUGAAGUCAUGGCAGAUAAUGCUCCAUCUAUUAUCCCGAUCAGCUCUCCUGGCUCUUUAAAACUGCAUGAGUAUCCAGCUGCUUCGCUUGAGGCCUGAAAUAUUAUAGGUUGAUGAAAUGGCAAUGUGCUGUUAAUGAACAAUGCUAAUUCCCCAGAUGGGAUCUGAGUAGCCCUCUCAUCCAGCUAAUUGUGAGAAAAAUGCCAGGGCUUCCUGAUGGUGUCAGGGGGUCAAGGCCUCAAUUUCAUGUGUCACUGGAGCCAUUCCUCUGCAUGCUGGGGCUUCUGGGCUGCAGUGUUGGCUUAGGACUACCUGGAGGGAAAUUGCAGCCCCUCAGUGCUCUGCAGUGCUGGGAGGAGAAGCAGCGUGCAGAGCAGUCUGAGCUCCUCACCUGGGAAAAACCAUCCUUGCUGAGCCUGUAAGAGAUGGGAGCGUGAGAGCAGGGAGUGCGUGUGGUUUGUCCAUCCUUGGGGGUGAGCAGGUGUGCAAAGAUUGUUGUGUCUCUUUUUGAGCAGUUUAAUCCUUGGAGUGGGAAUGCUGCCUGAGGAGGAAAUGCGGAUUUAGGCUCCUUCACAGGGACAGCACUAUACAAUCACCACCUUGAGUCACAGGCCUUUGCUAAGAAAGGACAGAUGUCAUUUCUGUCCAGCACAGAACAAGUAUCUGCUGUUCCAUAUUUAUAUUGCCCCAGUGUGAUUUCUAAUCCUGGGGAAGUUUUUGGGGAAGAUCACAGCUAGCUGGCCAAACUGAACAUGUAAAAUAGAUAUGAGUUAACACUGAGCACUCCACAUAAUCUAAUUUUUUUGCAAUCCCGCAGCCAAGAUUGUGAUUUGAUGGUAUCUGUAAUACUGUGUUCAACCACAGGAUGUCACAACAGGAUAUGCAGUAACACAAUCUAUUUUAGGAAGUCUAAACAUAGAAAAUAUUGGAGCAAAAGUUUAAAUUACAGCUUUAGUUUUAGGUACCACCACCCUCUGAUUAUCCCAUGUGCCAACACCCUAACUCAGCCCUAGCACAUUGCUGUAUUUUACAUACAGUUUAUAUUUUUUGAGUAUCAUUUCUAAUUGGACACCCAUUCCCAAACAAUGCCACGGACCCCAGCGGUGCUGUGGGAAGGGAAUUCCAGGUUCUGACCGUGGUGUGAGGACACGGCCCAGGGCAGAGAGGCUCUCCCAGCCCAGCAGGGAUGGCUGGGGCAGGAGGGCACCUCGGUGGGGAGGAGGAAAGCAGAGGUUGUCCCUUCCCACCACUGCCUGCAAUGGUACAGGGAUGUGUUUGCCAGCAGCAUCUGCUCCCACAUCCAGCAUCUCAGGGAUGCUCCAAGCAAAGGGAAACAACAGCCCUGUCUGAAAAAUAAUGUCACCUACGUGUGUGUAUGUGGUAAAGAUUCUGGCCCUGAAGUUACCAAGGGGACGGAAAAGUUUGUGCAUGGGGUAUUUAUAGAAAAUGAAAACAUGGAAACCAAUUUGCUUCCUGGAAAUUGUCCUCGGAGGUGUUUUCUCCACCAGGCAAACCACACCCUUGGCCUCUUCCCACGCAUUCCACGAGGCCCCAUCGGGACACGCGUACUGCUGUCUCACACUUCAGGAUCUUUCAGGAUCUGGAGCCUUUAGGAUCUACGGGCUCAAGGGGAUCGGAGCUGCUCUCCAGAGAGCCGCACCUCAGUGUGUCCGCAGCGGCCCCAGGCCAGCCCGCUGUCACCGGCAGCACCCGGGAGCGCCGGGCUGGCUCCCACCGGCGGUGUGCAGGGUGGGCUGGGGGCUGCCAGGCCCCGGGGGCCCCUGCCAGGAUUCGGGAGGAUUCCUGUCAGGACUGGGGACCCCUGCCAGGCCCUGGGGGGUCCCAGGGCGGACCCCGGCCAGGCCCCGAGGAUCCCUGUCAAGAUGCGGGGAUCCCUGUCACGACACGGGACGAUCCGUGCCAGGCUCCGGGGGGUGCCGGCAGGGUGCAGAUGGGUCCCAGGUAGGAUGCGGGCUGGAUCCCGGCCAGGAUGCGGGCGGAUCCCGGCCCGGUCCCGAUUCCAGCAAUCUCCCGGGCCAAAGGGCGGGGCCACAGGCGGAGCUCGGCGCGGGAAGAUGACGUCACCCGCACCGCCAGAAGCCGGCGGAGCGUUCCGCGGCACACGUGUUCCUGAUGGGCGCUUUAACUCCGAGCGCUGCUUCCUAUUGGCCAUCGGGAUGACUGACAGUUCGAGAGCCAACCAGAUGCCGCCAUUCUCCCCGCGUAGCCAAUAAGAGGCAGGGGGCGGGCGGCGGCGCCAAGCGUGCGGCUCAGUUGAAUGUGCCGGGGCGGCGGCUGCGGGAGAACAGCAUUUUAGAAUGCCAAAAAUGAUUGUGGAAAAAAAAGAAAAGAAGGCAGAAAAAAGAAAAAAGCUGAAGGAAGAUGUGGCCCAAAAGGACGAGCUGGAAUUGGAAACCAAACUGAAGAAAAA